AUGAGUCCAACAUAUACGAUCGCUCACUGCGAUUUGGUGCCCGAUCUCUUGCAGCAACUACUUGAAGGCAACUCAGAUACCCAUCUCAUCGUUUGUGCAACCAGAGCCGAGUUCCUGGCGCGACUCACAGCUGCUAUUCGCUCACAGCGCGCCGAUCCAGACACUGCCGUGAAGCAUGACCUGCUUACGAAAACUAUCGGCCUGCUUGCAAGAUCUAGCAAGAUCCGGCUGGCAUUCUGCCCGAGUUUAGAGAGUCUUCGGGCAUACCUUGCCGUUUUCGGUCCUGCUGUUGGGGUGGCUUCCCAGGAGGGAUCGGUUUCCCAUGACCGACAACUCCUUGCUGUCCUUGAUAUGAUAGCUAUGCAUGUUCAGACUUCGGAAUUCUCGGCGCAGGGACUUUCAAGAACACUUGCUUCUGCCGUUGAGGCUUCUUCUAGGGUGGGGAUGGAUCUCCGACUCUAUGAGUGCAUUAAUGCCUUGAACCCUUCAAGUGCUGAUUGGGGAAGAGGGCUAUGGGAUGUGAACGUUCCCUUAUUGAAUGGGUCGGUUCGAAUGCGAUCGGACCAAAGUACCUUGGGUGGGCGGGGUGUCACCGUGAAAAAGGUUGCCGAGCGCUGGUUUGAAUUUGACCAGAAUCAUUGA